AUGGACGUCCCUCAGACGCGCAGCGCUCGGCCCUACGCGCACGUGAGCAGCGACAGCCUCUCCCCUGAAGACCGCAGUGGGCCCCUGAGCGUGUGUCUCGAAGAAGACGACGAGGACGACGACGAGAGCUGCUCGACGUCCGAGACGACGCAGCUAUUGGCCGAGACCGGUGCCGCCCGCAGCGGCCAUAGUCAACUCAAGUUGAAAACUAAACAUAAAUUACCGGACGUGGCACUCGAGUCUGCCGAUGCUAUUGAGCUCUUGAGCACGACAAUGGGACAACAGAAGAAGAAGAAGAAGAAGACGAUGAACGGAGAAGAGGAUGUCGAAGACAAAGGAGAAGAAGGAGAAGAAGAAGAAGAAGAGGAGGAGAAGGGCAAAGUCAAGACGUCGUACGUCUCGCCGUCCGUUGUGGUCUUUUGGCUUGCCAUGUGGUUUUUCCAGAACAUCAGCGUCACGUUCUGGAACAAAAAGGCGCUCAGUGCGCUGCAACUGCCCGUGACGCUCACGUUCGUGCACAUGGCGUGCAACACACUGGGCGCGUGCCUCUUCAUUUAUGUGUACAAGGGCAUCGACCGCAAGCCGCUCAAGCCUGGCCAGACGCAGCUCAUGGUCUCAUUUUCGCUCAUCUUUGUGAGCAAUAUCAUCACGGGCAACUGGAGUCUCGGACUCGUGUCGAUCUCGUUCAAUCAGGUGAUGCGCGCGCUCGUGCCGUCAGUUGUCGUCGUGCUGAGCAUGCUCAUCUUGGGCAAGACGUACUCGCUGGAGCGGAAACUGUCUCUGAUUCCGGUAGCUUUUGGUGUCUACUUGGCGUGCACGGGCGACAACUCGUGCACGGUCAUUGGGUUCAUCAUUACGGCGGUGGCCGUGCUCUUUGCUGGCUUGAAAGCCGUGCUGUCGAACAAGUUCUUGAGUGGCGACUUGAAGCUGCACCCGGUGGACUUGAUCCUGCACCAGGCACCCUUGUCGGCGUGCUGGUGCUUGGCCACAAUGUUUCUGUCCGGCGAGGUGAACACUAUCGUGACCAACUGGGAAGCUGUGCCGUCGGCCAGUUUCUGGUUCAUCCUGACCGGCAUCAUCAGCUUUAUGCUGAACGUCACGAGCUUUAUGGCGAACAAGGUCACGUCACCUGUGACGUUGUGCGUGUGCGGGAACAUGAAGCAGGUUGUCGUGAUUGUCAUGUCGAUUUUCAUCAACAACGAUGUGAUUACGGUGCAGAAGGCCAUUGGCAUCGUCGUUGUAUCGAUCGGCGGUGCUGCUUACGCGUACAUCUCGACAAAGGAGACAAUGAGUCAAGCUACUGUUCCCGCGCCAGCUAAGCCUGCGGUGCAAAUGCAGUCAGCCUGA